CACAGUCCUUUCCUUUGGCAGCUUGGCUUCUUAACAUAUUACUCCAAACAAAAGUACAAACAGACAGAUCUCCAUAACAUACCAGACAUCCACAAGUGUGUAAUCAAAGUCAUCUCUGCCAAAGACCCAUCAGAUCUCCGUUUUCAGCUGUAAGUGAAAACCCUUACCCAAUUUCUCUCUUUUUCACUUAAAGUUCCAAACUUUAUUUCGUUCUUGCACUAGUUUCAAGAUCUGAUUGCUCACUGAAUCAAGAAACUGAAAAGGGUAUUUGGGUUUUUUUUUCUCUAAAAAGUGGAGAAAACUUAAAACCCCAUGAAAGACUCAAAUCCAAGCACUGAGCCCAUUGGGCAAAACCUAAUAAAACUGAUAAGCAAUCUGUGUUUCUCAGUGUUUGUGUUCUCAGUACUUAUAAUUACAGUAAUUGCCAUCACUUACCAGCCUCCAGAUCCAUGGCUUGAGUCUGCUCCGGCUCUGACCAAGCUUUUCACUGAAUCUGAGAAUGCCACUUUCCAAAAUGACAACUCUAUCCUCAAAACUGGGGAAGAUUUGACUCUUGGGAAGGCAGAGUCACCGGCUUCUGGGCCGGUGGGCUUCUCAAUCACCGAGGAGGUGAUUGAGAAAACUGAAGAGAGAAUUGCCAAUUUGACACCGAAAUCUGAUUCGGGUUGUGAUGAAUCACGGGUCUUGAACUGUUCUGAUCCCCGGGUUUUGCUUGCGGUUGAGAAGUUCAAUUUGAGGGUUUUUAAGUCUAUUGUGUUUUUGGAUUAUCAGACUCCACUUAAUGGGUCAAAAGAGGAAGAGUGUGAUGUGUCUUGGAGGUUUAGGAAUAAAAAAGAGAAGUCUUGGAGGAAGUAUAGGGAUUUUAGGAGGUUUAGGUUUGGGGUUGGAGAGAAUUGUACAUAUAAAGUGGUGCAUGCGGGUGGGUGGCAUUCGGGUAUUAAUGCCCGACGGUCUAGGAGUAGAAUCAGUAAUGCCACGAAGGGCAGACCAAGCAGUCCCAAGAUUGCCCCGCCGGUCCAGGAUGAGGAGAUCAAUGACACGAUCCCGAGUUUGGGGUCAGAGAUGAAUUUUAGAAAGGGGAAGUAUUUGUACUAUUCGCGUGGAGGGGAUUACUGUAAGGGAAUGAAUCAUUACCUUUGGAGUUUGUUGUGUGGCUUAGGGGAGGCUAUGUAUUUGAAUAGGACGUUUGUGAUGGAUUUGAAUAUGUGCUUGGCAGCAACUUAUAAUCCGAGUAAUAAAGAUGAGGAGGGAAAGGAUUUUCGGUACUAUUUUGACUUUGAGCAUCUUAAGGAGGUGGCAUCAAUUGUGGAAGAGGAUGUGUUUUUGAGAGGUUGGAAGAAAUGGGAUCGGAGCCAUAAGAGGAAACUGCCUGUUAGGAAGGUUGUGAGCCAUAAGAUGACACCGAUGCAACUCAAGAAAGAUAAGAACACGGUGAUAUGGAGGCAGUUUGAUGCUCCAGAGCCGGAGAAUUAUUGGUAUAGAGUAUGUGAAGGGCAGGCUGCAAACUACAUCCAGAGGCCAUGGCAUGCUAUUUGGAAAUCAAAGAGAUUGAUGAACAUUGUUUCAGAAAUCAGUGGGAAUCUGGACUGGGAUUUUGAUGCAGUUCAUGUAGUUCGAGGGGAGAAGGCACAGAAUAAAGAGCUUUGGCCUCAUUUGAAUUCUGAUACAUCCCCUGAAGCAAUCCUUGCAAAGCUUAAAGAGAUUAUUCAGCCUUGGAGGAAUCUGUAUAUAGCCACCAAUGAACCAUUUUACAAUUAUUUUGAUAAAUUGAGGUCUCAGUAUAAGGUCCAUUUGCUUGAUGAUUACAAGGAAUUGUGGGGAAAUAAAAGUGAGUGGUACAAUGAGACGAUGAUUCUAAAUAAUGGACGACCGGUUGAGUUUGAUGGGUACAUGAGAGUUGAGGUGGAUACUGAGGUCCUUUAUAGGGCAAAGACACGUGUGGAAACCUUCUACAAUUUGACCAAAGAUUGCAAGGAUGGAAUUAAUACUUGCUGAACAGGUUGGGUAAUACCCUAAUGCAUCUUUACUUGAAUUGAAUCAUGCUUUUACUUCUUUGACUCAGUUUCAGAAUGAUACUUUUGAGUCAAUUCAGGUUUCUUUGUAUUUUAAUGUUCUUUUAUUGUAUUGAUGAACCUUCUCUAUGACUAGCCCAUAUGUGUACCAUAGAUUCAACUUAUUGGAAUGUGCACUCUAAUUUUUUUCAAUACCAACUGUUGAGUUUUUAUCUUUU